AGCAUUUACCAAGACAAAAUUAGAUCUGAUGAUGUUGGGUCCACAAAGCCGGAGAGCUGAAGUGGAGCGCUUUUACCCCUUUAGGACUACCUCGGCCAAUUAAUAUGAUUUUAGUACGGGGUCUUAUCUUAGGCUGUUAUCGGCUAUUAGUGAUAACCUGGAAACUGACCUGUUGCCAUAAACAGCUGACCGAUUUUACCUAGGUAGAGAGAGCUAGAAAGAGGGCAUCAUCAAAAAAAGAAGAUGGUUCUCUGCAAUUUACACCUCAUUUCCCUCCGGAACGACGUAUCGCCAGCCCUAUUUCUGGGCAAGCUCCGCUGGAAUGGCAUCAAGCCUAUCGUUCAGGCACGACCCAUUCGUUGGAUGGUUCUCCCUACACAAUUAUCAGUUGGCCAUUUGAUCGGCCGCAACAUCCGCUGGGACCUCUUUUUGAUCCUAGAGGAGACCGAUCCAAUCCCCCACGAGGCGCAACUGGAUAUCGAUGGUAUCUGGAGCGUCUCCUGUGGAGUCUCUUCCAAAGCGCUUUCGGGUUACGCAGCCGCCAAUUCAAAACUCCUCUUCCCGCCGCCCGGCUCGGUCUCACCGCCGGAGCCACAAGAAAUCGAACCCUCAAAUUCCUCUCAAAACCUAGAAACGAGCCUCGAGUUAUGCGAGUGGAUCGGGGCACUGCCGGCCGAAAUAAGGGACCGUCCCGUUUCCAUGUUGAACCUGCUUGCAGUCAAUCCUGGAAAGAAAGACGAUUACAAAAAAUACAGAGACGCGUUCGUUACAAACGCGGGCACCAGACAUGGCGCGAAUAUCAAACUUGUUGGAAGAAUAGCGGGCGGCGCGGCGGCGGACGAUGGGUGGGACGAGAUUGCUUUCGUUCAUUACCCAUCAGUCUCUCACUUCGCGGCAAUGGCGGCGAGUAGAGAUUAUCAAGAGAUCAACCACGAGCAUCGACUUCCCUCGCUGAAGGAUACGUUUAUUUUAUGCGUUAUGGAGGUGGAUGACCAGGCGAAUAUCGUCGAUCCACGACAAACGAGGGAGAGGCUAUAAGGGUGUUAUGAGGGUUUAUGCGUGAUGGGUUGAUGAUGGGCAUCAAUGAUGGUGGGAUAUCUGAAUGUGCUUAUGUCUAUAAACACUCCAGCAUGAUGAACAUUUUGCACGAUAUCUGAGGCUCCCACAAACCGAUACCUACCUUAGAUACAUAAUCUCUAAGACUUAAUGUUAUUUCCUAUCGAUGUAUCUAUAUAUUAUUUGAUGACCUAAAAAGACUACGAGUAAUGCUAAUCUCCAACACCUGUCAGUGCCAGGUGUCUAGGCACACACAUCUAGGACCUCGGGAACUAACCAAGGCCGGUUGUUAGGCCCCGCAUAGCGUUUGUUUGCCACCAUCAAGCAAAAUCUAAAUAUUAC